AUGGCCCAUGCCACUCGUGAUCAUGUGCUUCGCGUGUCAAAUGAAGCAGAUUUCAUCCUGAAUCGUCUUCGAGCAGAAGAUGUCAGCAAGCAUGCUCAUUUUGAGCAUGAGGAGGCAAGCAUCAUCACAGUACCAGAAGAGACCAAAGAGCUAAGCGAAGAAGAGAAGCUGAAAUUGUUAGCGAAUAGCAUCGCACCUGGUCGAGGCCAAUCGUCAGAGCUAGUUGAUGAAAGCGACAUAGACAAGUGGGCUGCUGAAGUCGACCCCACGCCCAGUAGUGUUACCUACGCUAUUCUUCAUAUGGCUUAG